AUGUGCGACUUCACCAAGAACUACUACAUCUACACGUCAUGUGUCGACCCGGGAGUGCACUUCUUCCGCACCGAGGUCGACGGCAGCCGCAAGCGCUCGUGUUCUAAGGGCCCUCACGAGCGCUACAUCGUGCUGCCGGGACAAUGCCCCCUGUGCUACGGCUAA